UUAUCCGCGUAAACUGUAAUACAAUAGUUAUAGUGGUAACAAUAAGUAAAUAAAGUAUUAAUUAUUAAGAUAUAUAAAAUGGAAAUAUCUCGACGAAAUACAAAAAAUAAAUGUGAUUCUGAGAGAUAACGCGGAUGCAUUAGAAUAAAAGAUCAUUCUAAAUACUUAUUUUGCAAGUAACGCUUUUCUUUAAAAUCUGUAAUUAUUGGACAGUUGUACUAUUGGUACAUGAAAGUUAAUAUAUCUGAUUAUUAUUAAAUCAUAUCGUAGUACAUAUUUUGUGUUUCAUUUAUUGAUAUAUAAAUGCACAAAAAUUUCAAUAUUUUUAGUAUUUUCAGUAAUUAAAACAAUUUUUCAAUUUAUAUUCGAAUAAUUAAAAAAUUUAAGUUUGUUUGAAUCAUGUACCAAUAGUUAAGGAAAUAAAUUCCAAACUAGUAAAAAAUGCGUAUAACUCAUUCAAAAAUUUCUAUAAAAAAUAAUUGAAACACAUUAAUUUACCUUAUGAUAUUGUAUAUGUUUAUGUUAAAGAAAUAAUUAGAACAUGCUUUUCUAAUAAUGGAAGAAGAAAUCAUAAUCAUACGAUUAUUGUUUUAAAUGUUGUGGUAUAGAAAUGAAAGUUGUGCUUAAUAAUAAAUUAGUCAUUUUGUUUCUCUUAUUCAUUCCUCAAGAGAAUAUAGUCAUAAAAUAUAAUUUUGAGUAAUAUUAAUCAAAAAAGAAGUGUGAUCGGAUGAAAAAAUUAAAAAAUACAAUAAAAUUAUGACGGUACAGAUUUUACACUGAUAAAGUUUUUUAUGGCGAAAAAUCGUUAUAUCUGUUUUAAAAUGAUUGUUUAAUACGUAGAUAUUUACUGCUUAUUUAAACUUUAUCGGUUUGUAUUUGACAUCAAUAAACGAUUGUAAAAAUGUUAAAAUGUAUUCAGUUUUUUAAAUAAUCGCAAAUUAUAUUUUAAAUUCUUAAUAUCUCGAACGACUAAAAUCGAUACAUUCGAGAUAAUCGAUUGAUUUCCGAUGUCGCUGUAAAUCUAACAGCAACAUUGAUCAAACACAAAUGUUAUAGGUUAUGUUUAUCGCUAAAGUUAUUUAGCAAAUAAAAUUUCUCAAAAAACAUGUCGAUAUAAACUACAGAUGCUUUUGUUAACUGAAUGAUGUUGAGUGUUAUGUGAGAUUUAUUACUUCAAAAAUAAAAUCAUUUAAAUCAUGUAACUUCUUAGUGAAAUUCACAUCAUAAAAUGAAAGGUUAAGUUGUGGGUAAAACGAAAGCAUAAAAUUCUUUGAAUUCUCUAAACGCAUGUUUUUUAUAAAGAAAAAUAACUGAAAAAAUUUUUGUAAAAACUGACGAAGAAAUAAGCAAGUGAACAUGUUUAAAAACACUUUUCAAAGUGGAUUUUUAUCAAUUUUGUAUAGUAUUGGUAGCAAGCCAUUACAAAUUUGGGACAAAAAAGUAAGAAACGGGCACAUAAAACGAAUUACGGAUAAUGAUAUACAAAGUUUAGUACUGGAAAUAUUGGGUAGUAAUGUCAGUACUACAUAUAUAACAUGUCCAGCAGAUCCUAGAAAAACAUUAGGUAUAAAAUUACCAUUUCUAGUGAUGAUAAUUAAGAAUUUAAAAAAAUAUUUUACAUUUGAAGUUCAGGUAAUUGAUGACAAGAAUGUACGCCGUAGAUUUCGUGCUAGUAAUUAUCAAUCUACAACUAGAGUAAAGCCAUUUAUUUGUACAAUGCCAAUGAGAUUAGAUGAUGGAUGGAAUCAGAUUCAAUUUAAUUUAGCUGAUUUUACUAGACGUGCAUAUGGAACAAAUUAUGUGGAAACAUUAAGGGUUCAAAUCCAUGCAAACUGUAGAAUACGAAGAGUAUACUUUUCUGAUAGACUAUAUUCAGAAGAUGAAUUGCCAGCAGAAUUUAAAUUAUUUUUGCCAAUUCAGAAUAAGGCAAAAUGUUAAUGUUAGUUCUAAUUUUUUAACACUUUACAGAAAAAUGUUUAAGAAAAGACAAGAAUAAACUAUAAAUAUUUAUAAAUUAAUCAA